AUGGCUUACCCAGGAAUAUUCUUAGGCCAAAAAAGACCAGAUGAUAAACAAAGAUUAAAAAGUGUGUACUAUAGUGAAAUAUGCAAAUCAGAAUUGCGACGAUAUGAUAGACGUGCUGCAAUGUGCAUUGAAAACAUAUUUUAUAAGGCAAAAAAAUUACAAAUGAAGUUAUUGCUGGGACAAUCACAAAUUGCUUUGCGAAAGUGCAAAUUGGGAGAUAGAACACUUACUGCGGGACAGCUGAAAACACCAGAAGGUUUAGAAAGUUUAAUUUCCCAUGAUGAAGGGUAUAAAUUUUUAAGAGCCUUAAGAGGUUCACCCCCUUAAUUUGAAAAAGCCAAAAAAGACUUGUUUGCUAUGAUUCGCCAAUUAGGACCAGCAUCAUUAUUCUGCAGUUUUUCCUCUGGUGAGACAAAAUGGAUUCAUCUAUUAAGAAUUCUUGGAAAACUUAUUGAUCACAAAGAGUACAGUGAUGAAGAGUUAGACAAUCUUACAUGGGAAGAAAAGUGUAGACUAAUUCAAAGUGAUCCAGUUACAUGUGCAAGACAUUUUGAUUACCAAUUUAAUACUUUCUUAAAAGAGUUUUUAAUGAGUGAUAUUUCUCCUUUAGGAAAACUAAAGGAUUGGUUUUACAGGGUUGAGUACCAACAACGAGGCUCACCUCACAUCCACAUGCUCAUAUGGCUUGAAAAUGCACCAGUAUUUGGUAUUGACAAAGAUGAAGAUGUUACUGCAUUCAUUGACCAAAUUAUAAGUUGUAGUAAGCCAGCCAGGUAAUGAUGACAAAUUGCUUGAACUGGUUAACAGGCAAACACACAAGCAUUCUCAUACAUGCGGAAAAAAAUAAAAAAAUGUUUGUAGAUUCAACUAUCCUCAGCCACCAAUGAGGUGUACACAGAUAUUACAUCCACUUGAUGAUGAUACUCCUGACACUGUGAUAAGAAACAGAAAGCAAUUGUGGAAAGAUAUUAAAAAUAAACUCAAUGAUCUAAAAGAGGGUAAAGACAUAACAUUUGACCAACUUCUGGAAGAGUUGGACAUUUCAGAACACACAUAUACCCUUGUUAUUCGAUCAUCUCUCAACUGUCCAACAAUAUUCCUGAAAAGAAAUCCGAAUGAAUUAAGGAUAAAUAAUUACAAUUCUGCAUGUCUUCAUGCCUGGAGAGCUAACAUGGACAUUCAAUUUGUUCUAGAUGUAUAUGCUUGUGCGAUGUACAUUGUCUCCUAUAUUUCAAAGGCUCAAAAGGGAACGAGUGAGUUGUUACGUAGAGCUUGUGCUGAAGCCAAAGAGGGAAAUGCAAACAUAAAGCAACAGGUCCGUGAUAUUGGCAAUAAAUUUUUGAACUCUGUAGAAAUUAGUGCACAAGAGGCAGUGUACCUUAUUCUACAACUUCCAAUGCGAAAGUCAUCAAGGAGUGUUAUCUUUGUCAAUACAUCUCCUCCCGCUGAACAAGUUGAAUUACUUAAGCCAUUGGCUGAAAUAGAAAAAAUGUCAGAUGAAUCUGAAGAAAUUCAUUCCGGUGGACUUUUGAAACGCUAUGUAGAACGACCAGACAUUUUGCAAAAUGUUACCUUAGCAGACUGGGCAGCAUGGUAUGACUCUUGUGGUAAACAGAAUCAUAAAAAGUCACACAAAAAAGCUGAUAUUGAUAACUUUCCAGUUGAAACAGGGGAUGGAAAUAAUGAUGAUGAUUUAUAA